UUGGUCUAGAUUGAGACAAAAAAAUGUUCUACAUUUUAAGACAGAGGGAGUAGUUAUUAACGUUUAUAGUGGUUAUUAACAUUUUUAUUUGUCAAGACGUGCGUUGCACGUACAUUUUUACUAGUUCACGCUAAACAAAGGAAGUCCUUUAAGGGGCGCUUAAGGCGCGUUUAGGAAAUGCCAGAUUUACCCUCAGCGUUAACUUUUUUUUGAGUCUCUCAGCGUUAAACUUGUUUGGAAGCCCAGUAGCGUGGCUCGCGGCCCAGUACGGACUUCAAACCAAACUGUUCAUGGAUUAUGGGUUAAUUCCUGAAAAGAGGAGGGACUUUUCUGCAAAACGUCCACGUCAGACAUUGGAUAUAGAUAGAGACUACCCCAAGCCCCAACCACCCAAUCCCCACGCAGUAGUGCUACACAAACGACACCCAUGCACGACUGCUGCACGAUUCUACACAUCCAGCCAUCAAAAUAUUGAAUGAAGUCCAGCACGGCCAUUUGAUCAUCAAUCGUCCAUGAAUCGUCCAUUUCGCAUCGGCUGUGAAGUAGUUUCGAUCCCCACGCCACCCAAAUCUCGCCCUAACCCUCGCCACAAUUCUCCCCGCCGCCGGUUUCCCAGAUCGCCGUGCCGCGAAACAUGGUUCUAAAGCUUCGCCGGAGCGGGCGUGCCAACGCAGAUCGCCCCUACAGAUGCGACAGAUCGGAGCGCAUCUCCCGCAACAAAUCGUUGGUGAUGGAGACCAUCAACGGUUUCUACGCGGCGGCGCUGGACAGGCUGCCGGUGGACGAGAUGCCGGCGCUGGUGCCGCGCCUUCUCACGGCCGGUCUCUGCGUGGGCUUCGCCGACCCCAUCUCCAACAUCAUCGUCAACACGGUCUCCUCCUACAGCCACCACAAGCCCACGGUAACUUCCAAGUCCGACGACGGCAAGAAGGAGAAGGCGGCGGCAAGUAGGCGGCGACGUAAGGCGCUCUCCCGGGCUGUCUCCGGCGCCCGAAAGGUCAAGUACUGGCCACCGCCCCGCCGCCUCCUCCGCGACAUGUCCAUCGCCGAGCGGUCGCUCGAGGCGCUCGUGGCAUUCCUCACCUACUACUUCCCUGACCUCCCCGCUUGCGAGGCGCUUGAGUAUCUCCGCCUGGCCAAUGCCGACCUUCUCUCUGCCGUGCGUCUCGUUGAGGAGGACCGCAACUGCAGCGGCAGCUUCAGCUUUGCCUCCCGGACCACCAAGACAGCCCUGAAGUGCGCCGUCUUGGCUGCCUGCCACCCCACGCCCAGGGCCGUCGUCAACAGGUCCUACUCGCUCGCUUCUCGGAUGGAGCAAUUGUCCCAGCUCCUUGCAACGGAAGGCAGCUGCCUCUCCUGCACUACCAUUGAGAAUAUCAACAGAUUGCUGAUGAAGCCCCGGGGAAAACUUGCAGACCUCGCGGGAGUAACACCUCAGCAGUUCAAUCUGGACCUGAACAGGAAACCACUGUUUGUUCCGACACAAUCUUUGCGGAGCACCCUGCUGCACAAGAUCUAUGGAUUUUACCUCAAGGCACUUGCCUUGCUGCCGGCGCAGGAUUUGCGCAUGUGCUACCACCGGGGCCUCCUUAAAGCUGGUUACUGCUACGGACCUUUGAUGGAUCCUGUCUCCAACAUUGUCCUCAACACUCUGUGGUACAAGAUGAUGUUCCCGCCAGAAGGAGAGCUCUGUGUGGCAACCAUGAUCUGCUCAAGGAGCCUUGUUCUGGUCGCAUACCGCUCCCUUUGUGGCCUUGUUGCUUAUAUCCGUGCUUGUUUUGGCAUGAUGUCUGAACACCAAGCCAUGUGCUAUCUGCUCUUCACAGAGGUCAAUCUCUGGGGAGCAAUCGAAAUGGCAAGGCAACAAGGACACACUGAGAGAACUAUGCACAGUGCCUACAUGGCUGCAGCCAGGGCAGCACAGCACCCAGAUCCUGAUGCAGUUGUAGAAUUUUUCGUGUCAACCUUUCCCAUGAUGCCUCUACCCAUGGAGACAGAGUCAUUUGUGUUGAAUGUGGGACUCAUCCAGGAGUUGUUGUUUGAAUAUUGUUCCACUCGCAAUGAUUCAGUUUCAACAGUUCCUGUACUUAGUGAGGGGGGAUCCAAGUUCUUGUCAUGUAUUUUGAAAGAUUUCAAGGAAGAGGAAGGUUUUGUCUGCAGGAAGGUUAAUGACAUGCUCAAGAAAUACACGCAGCGAACUAGGGGACCUGAAUAUGAGCUUCAUGUUAUCUGUGGCUUGAAUUCAAACGUAGGCAAAGCUUAUGUUUUUGGUCGUCAUUAUGGCCCCUUGCUUUCUUGGCGGCGAAAGAAAACUCAGCAUUCUCACAUUAACUUUUUGGCAAGACCGAGAAAUUUGGAUUCUUCUGACGCAGUUCCUAUACUCUUCUUUGCCGAGUGCUCCAAUGAUGAAGAUGUCAUUGAUGAACUGUCAUGUUGGCCAGUCACGGGACAUCCUGGUCGUUGUUAUUACUGUGAGAAGGAAGGGGCAAAGAUUGUACAUCCAGAUCUAGAGAAGUAUAUUGGGCGUGACAUUGACUUUGAGCGUAUGGCUUGCGAUAACAAGAGUAUCAUGACAACUGAAGGUGCUAUCAGUGACGGCAAGUUUAUAACUGAUUGUGUGGACGUAUGUGAGGAGGAUUGCAUCUAUUUUGACGCCACUAGGGACGCCAAGUGUGCAGAGUUCUUGAAUGCCCGUGCAAGGUCUAUGCAAGGUCCCAGACUUGUUUAGUAACUAGUGGUUGGGGCGCACCCGUGGUGCGCCUCCUGAGCGGAAACUCAGCGGUGCCAGAUAGGUGGCGACCAUUCCACUUUCUUUCCUAUACUACAUGCAAGAUCACAGCUGUAAAUAACACAGAGCAAUAUAGUAGCCCAUCCAACGAAAAUUGGUUUCCGAGCUCGGGCUCAGAUGCUCCCGAAAUCCAUGCCAUCUACUCUUCUCGUGAUGAGCGCUGUAUGUUGUAUUAUGUGUUGUAUCUCUUCCGUAUGCUCAUUGAAAAUGAAUUUGGGCCAGAGCAUUUAUUACC